UUACAUCCUGUCAGAUAAAGCUCAAAUAUCUUUAUAAAUAUGUAGCUUGCGUAGGUUAUUUCCAGAAUAACUGCAAGAAAAAAACUUUUAAAUUCUUUAAAUUCUCAAACCCAACAUUUGCCAUUUUUAAUUUACAUGUUUUUCUCGUAAGUUUCUGUCAAAUCCAAAGUUGACAUUUUGUAACUAAGGAGCCGCUAUGUUGACUUGCUGAAAUGGGUAAAUAUGCGAAUAACGAAAUAGAAUAGAAAAUAAAACAAAACCAACCUCAAAAAUCAGUUUUAAUACAAUAUCAUACGAAUUCCGAUGGUUCACCUAUCAGAAAACUUUCAACUUUAGCAGUUUCAUGUGUAUGACGUCGUGUUUUGAAAUAGCUUAAAUGCACCAAAAAGAUUAAUAGACUUUCGCUGAAUUUUAUUUUGUUGAUUUUUCCGAGCUCUUGUGCAUUACUUCUUUAUAUUAUGCAUACGAAUAAGAAUAAAAGUUAUUUUGUCUUUUUUAGCUCACCUGGACGGAAGGGCCAAUUGAGCUUAUGCCAUCACUUGGCGUCUGUUGUCUGUCUGCGUAAACUAUUUCAAGAAUCAUCUCCUCUGAAACUACUAGGCCAAAUACUUCCAAACUUUAACUGAAUGUUCCUUAGGGUAUCUAGUUUAUAAAUUGUAUCUGACGUUUUGAUCUAUCAACAAACAUGGUCGCCAUUGCUAAAAAUAGAACUUAGGGGUCAAAUGCAGUUUUUGGCUUAUAUCUCAAAAACGAAAGCAUUUAGAGCAAAUCUGACACGAGGUAAAAAUGUUCAUUAGGUCAAGAUCUAUCAGCCCUGAAAUUUUCAGAUGAAUCAAACAACCCAUUGUUUGGUUGCUGCCACUUAAUUGGUAAUUUUAAGGAAAUUUUGCAGUUUUUGGUCAUUAUCUUGAAUAUUAUUAUAGAUAAAGAUAAACUGUAAACAGCAAAAAUGAUCAGCAAAGUAAGAUCUACAAAUAAGUUGAUAUGACCAAAAUUGUCAAUUGACCGCUUAAGGGGUUUUUGUCCUUUAAUGACAAUUUUUCACAAUUUGUUCAUCAUAUUUGCUAACUUUAAAAAAUCUUCUCCUCUAAAACUACUCAAUCAAGUUCAACCAAACUUCAACUGAAUGAUCAGUAGGGUGUAUAAAAUAAAGUUUGUGUUUGAUUUUCUAUUUCGUCAAAAAACAUGGCCGUUAUGGCUAUAAAUAGAACACAGGGUAAAAUGCAGUUUUUUGGCUUAUACAUGUAUCUCAAAAACUCCAGCAUUUAGAGCAAAUAAGACAAGAAAUUAAAGUAUUUAUUAGGUCAAGGGGUACCUGUCCUGAAAUUUUCAGCCGAAUUGGGUUACUGCUUUUUCAGGUAUAAUGCCCCUGAAUUGAUGAUUUUAAAGAAAUUUUGCAGUUUUUGUUAUUAUAGAUUCAGAUAAACUGUUAAUGGCAAACAUGUUGAGCAAAGUAAGAUCUACAAAUAAGUCAAUUUGACCAAAAUUGUCAAUUGACCCCUUAAGGAGUUAUUGCCCUUUAAAGACUUUUUUCACAAUUUGUUCAUCAUGUUGACUUACUUUAAAAAAUCUUCUCCAAAAUUGAAACUGCUGUAUCAAUUUCAGCCAAACUUAGGCUAUAUGAGUUUCAGAGUAUCUAGUAUAAAUUUUAUAUUUCAUUUCCUUGUAUGUCAAGAAACAUAGCUCCUAUGGCUAAAAUAGAACAUAGGAGAAAAUGAUUUUUGUUUUGCUUUUGAAGAAAAUAGGACGAUUUAAAGAACAUUUAAAUAAAUUGAAAAGCCAAAAUAAUCAUUGAUAAGAACAAAUUAAGGUGAGCGAUUCAGGCUCUUGUGAGCCUCUUGUUUAAUUGCACUGUUGAAAACAAUAAAAUCGGCAAAGGGUCUGCAAAUAGGUUACAAUACAUGUAGAUUUACGUGGGAAGUAUACUGUAACAGCCAUUAUUAUGUUUAUCUCUGAGUCUGCGCUAAGUAUAUUUUAUCUAGAAUUUUAUCACAGUGUUGUUUACAAAGCUAAAGAAGCCCGUCAUAUUAGAAUGUGAAAUUUAUUUGCAGAUCUUACUCCAGAACAGAUUCCUCAGGGUGAAUAUGCCAGUUCAAGUGCCAGUGUUUUUUCUGCUGAUAUAUAUACAUGUAACAAUGAAAGCACAAUGAGUAGGAGUAGUAGUGACAUUUCACUGACAGGAAGUGAAAACUCAUUGUCAUUUAGUGACGGUACAUGUAGUAACAUAUCACUGUCAGGAAUUGACUCAGAUGAGUCAGUUUAUUCUGAAUCAGACAAUGAAGAGGAUGAAGAGAACAUAAAUUUUGAUGAGUCAGAGCUAAAAGACGAACAUCUCUAUGAUGGCUCUGCUCAUACUGUCAUUUCUGCUUAUGUCAGCAUUAUGCUCUUUGUAAUGAAACACUGCUUAACAAAAGAGGCAUUUACAGAUUUACUGUUCCUACUGAUAUCCUUUAUGCCUAAACCAUGUAAAUUAACUACAUCUGUUUACAAGCUCAAAGAAUAUUUAAAAAGGAAAAAGGAUAUUAAAGAGCCUAUUAAACACUUUAUAUGUGAUAUAUGUGGAACACUUUUAGCUGAAGGAGAAAACUGUAGAAAAGAUGAUUGUAGAACCAUGCAGGCAAAGACUAAAGAAUUUUAUGACCUUCGACUGGAAAAACAGAUUGAAGAACUUUUCAAAGAUGAAAGGAUUUGCAAACUUAUAUUUGAGAAAGAACCACCAUCUGAUCAGCAAGAUCAAUUUAACGAUAUUUGUGAUGGCUCAGAAUACCAAAGAAUAAAUAACAUACCAAAAAUUAGCCAAUCUGAGAAGAACAUUACAUUUACCAUGAAUACAGAUGGUGUUGCUUUGUUUUCAUCCUCAAACAAAGGUAGCUUGUGGCCUGUUUACUUAGCAGUGAAUGAACUUCCAGUUAAGUUACGGUACUCCAAGAAAUACCUACUCACAACCCAUUUAUACUGCCAACCAGAAAAACCAAAUAUGCUAGCAUAUUUGUCUCCACUGAUGAAAACUCUCAGACAACUGCAUGCUGAAGGGAUGAAAAUAACAACUGGAUAUGGAGAAAUGCUAUUGAGGUGUCAUCUACUAGCCGUUUCAGUUGACCUUCCAGCCAAAGCAGCAGUACUGAAUGCAAAACAGUUUAAUGGCAAAUUUGGGUGCAGUUAUUGUCUAGACGAAGGCAAAAAUCCACCAAAUAGACCAAUGCUGAGAUAUUACCCUUAUGUGGAGGAUUCUGUUGCACGAUCUCACAAGUGUAUGUUGGAGGAUGCCCGAAUAGCAGUUAACACAGGACAGCCUAUACAUGGAAUUAAAGGUGCCACUGCUCUGAUUGCACUGCAAUAUAUAGAUUUACCAAGAACCUUUGUUAUUGACUGGAUGCAUGCAGUCUUGCUGGGAGUUGUCAAGACAAUAUUAACUCUGUGGUGUGAUCCAGUCUAUAAAGGGAACUCUUACUAUAUUGGUGAUAAGCAAGCAUUGGUGAAUCAAAGGCUUUUGAGUAUAAAAGUACCUGAUUAUAUCACAAGACAGCAGAGAAAGCUUGAAGAUUACAAACACUGGAAAGCAACUGAAUGCAAAGAUUGGUUGCUACACUAUUCAGUACCAAUAAUGACAGGAAUUCAGGAACUGGAAAUUAUGAUUCAUUAUUCCCUGUUGGUUACAGCAAUGUAUCUUCUGAAUAAACAGUCAGUUUCUAGGGAUGAAAUUGGGAAGGCUGAGAAAUGUCUGAAGGAUUUUUGUAGAUUGUUUCCAGAUUACUUUGUUUUAUCGAAGCAAACAAUGAACAUACAUCUACUUAAGCACAUGCCAGAAUUUGUGAAGUCACAUGGGCCUAUAUUUCAUUAUUCCUGUUUUGGUUUCGAGUCGAUGAAUAGCCAUCUGAAGAACAUGGUACAUGGAACACGGUUUAUAAAUAGUCAGAUUUGCUUUGCAGUUGGCAUGGCAAAAUGCUUACCAGAUUUGGUGAAAAUGAUAUCAAAUAAUGCAGAGUUGGAUGUUAAAUUACUCAUUCAUCGCUUAAGCAGUAAACUGAUGAUCAGUGAUGAAUUUGAGAAUGGACGUAUUAAACCUCUUGGAGCAAGAAAUUUACACAAAAUGACAACUAAAGAAAAAGCUUUAUUUAUUGACCAAAGCCAGGCUGUUUACAAGUACUAUAGAGCUGAAACAAAUAUUGGAGUUAUCUACAGUGAGCAAUACAGAAGGACAAGCAACAGGAAUUCUUAUUCUGUAAUGUAUCUGGAUGACCAACAAACAACAAAAUUUGGCAGUGUCAAGUACUUUCUUCAAACAGAACCUAGUUUAUUUGCCGUAAUUGACCAAUUUCAGCUAAUGCCAAAAUCUCUGUUUAGUUUCUCAGAUGUGAGGAAUCAGUUCUUAUUGGCAUACAAAGAUUUUAAUUUGUGUCCGCAAAUUGUUCAAUUACAGGAGCAGCAAAUAGAAAAUCCCACUUUAGUGCCAGUUGAAAACAUUCAGUUUAAAUGUGUAUUUAUGGCCUGUCAAAGAAACAGAAAACUUCUUUCAAUUCCACCCAAUAUUAUGGAACACAAUUAACUUUAUUAUAUAUAAACAGUAGUACAAUAUUUAUGUUAUUAUAGAAGUUUUGUUUAUAAAGCUGGUUAAGAGGGUUCACGGGUCUAAAUCCAUUUUUAUUUUAGAUAAGAUAUCGCUAUAUUUUUUUAUAAAUGAACUUUAUCUUAUACUAAAUAGAAAAAUAAAAUACAAAAAUGUGCCAGGUCACCAUUCAUUAAGGCUCACAAUCUGCCUUCAAAAGAAGCAUACCUUGUUGUAAAGGUGCCUUGUUUCUGUUAAUAGGAGAAAAAGAGGUAAUAUCGAAAUAAAAAAAGAACUUAAUUACAGAAAUCGCUCAGAUUUUACAAUAGUUUAGGUUAAGAACAUCUUAAUUGAAAAUAAUAAUAAAGAAUAUAGGUCACCAAAGAGUUAAAAAAAGAUAUCAAUUCUGAUGCCAAAGAUUGCAUUUUUUUGUACCAAAGGGAGAUAAUUUGGAGCGUUUUCAAUGAUAUCUAUACAUUUUAAAAUUCACCUGGGGCCAACACGAAUUGAUUUUUUCAAAUUAUUUUUGUACCAUAUGAUAAAAUAACACCUAUUUAAGGUAAUAAAUAAAAUUUGUAAGGACCUAAAUUUUUGCUGAAAUUUUUAUACUUAAUAAAAAGCACCAAACAGGAAUGCAAAAAAGAGCUGAUUACUUAAUUUUCACAAUUUUUCUGUCUAUUUAUAAUCCUUAACAAAAAUAUUUUUUUUUCCCCUGAUUUCCAGUUUCUUAUAUGCUCUAUAGCUACAGUUAAUUUAUACAGUGUAAAGAAUUUUUUUUUGUCAAUUUUGAUGCAGUUGUAUUGAUUGAAUUUUUCAUUGAACAAACAUUGUUGUAUUUAUUACAGUACUGAAUGAGAAAAAAAAUGUCAUAUUAUUUCUUAGAAGAACCCAAGGGAAAAUUUCAAUUAAAUUGACUCCAGAAUCAAACAUCCUUAAGCAUAUUAAAGUGAAAGAAGAUGAGCAGAUGACAUUUGUAAUAUCUAUAUAUUUACUCUUAAUGUUUUGAUGUUUGAAAUAUCAUAAUUAUAAUUCUAAAGUGGAUAAGUUGUUAGUGCUGUCCCAUUAAAGCAUACUAGGUACCCAGGGAAGGCACUUUAAAAACACAGCGACCACCCAUAGAAGCAAUUAAUAAGGCCUACAGGUAUACAUUUAAAGCCCAUUAAACACAUUAUUUCACACCAGCCCAUAGUGGCAAAUUAAAGUUGCCUUCCCUGGGUCCAAUGUAUGUUUUUAUGGAACAUCCCUUACUGCACAUGCAGCAUUUAAAAAAGGAAAUGAAAUAAACAUAUCUUCAAUUCA